CUCAUCCAUAACAGAGGUGACACUUGUCCUGCCUUUAUACAAAAUACCUUACUAAGCAGACCAUCGAAAUAUAUAGAGCACUUAUUGGCAGAUGUUGAACCCAUUGCUUGGAUAAAGGAAGAAGUAUAGACAGGGAAAGGUAUUCAUGGAAUGUGCGCCUGUAUAUAUACACAAACAGCAGCUUUAUAUCAAACAUGUAAAAUCAAACAAGAUUCAUUUCUUUAUUGCUUGUUCUCAUUCAUAAAGCCUCAAAGUUCAAAGGCUUUUGUAAUGGCAUUCUUUCCCCUUUUUGAAAGCUUACAGCUCAAGAGACUAGAAAAAAAAAAGAAGUUUUAUGUUUAAUCCCAGCUGAGGCCAAUAAAAACCAGAGAGUCGUAUUUAACUCUUUUUCAAACAUUAAAAAAGAAUGUCAGCCAAUGCACCUAAUCCUGGAGAGAAUGAGCCACCCAAUAUUGACAAGAUGCUCGUGUCAUAUCUUCAAACAAAAGGCUUCCGAGCCACUGAAGCGAUUUUUUUACGUGAAUUAAGAGGAGAAACUGUAUCUCUUCAAGACGCUUCAGCGAUUAAUAAAGUCGACACCACGCAACAACAACAACAGCAACAGCAACAAUCAGAAGUAAUGGUACAAGACGAAGAAGAACAAGAAGAAGACGAAGAAGAAGAUCCUGACAUGUAUGGUGUGAGCUAUAACAGUUUAAGAGAAUGGAUAGAAAAUUCACUUGACUGGUACAAGCCUGAACUGCGGUCUGUCUUGUUUCCAAUCUUUGUUCAUUCUUACCUUGAUCUUGUUAGUAAAGGAUUACCAGACAAAGCCCAAGAAUUUAUGAAGGCAUAUCGAGUGGAUCACGUCGAAUUACAUACACCCGAUUUGAACACAUUUGCUUCUAUAACAGAGCCUCAUCAUAUUCGAGAAAAUGAAAUUGCACAAAUGUAUCGCAACAACAAAUACAACCUAAGGAUGUCAGGGGUUCCUUUUGAACUAUUUUUGAAUUAUCUCCAAGACAAUCGAUUCAUGCUACUAUUACGCAUUGUAAAUCAAUAUUUAAACAUUCAAGUGGUGCACGGAAAGCUGAAAUCCGCAGGCGGGUUGGAGUUGGAGGACGACGUGAUUGGUAUUACGGGACAUCAGACGCAACAGCUUGAAGAAUUCAAUCGGCAGCGUGUACAGUUAGGUUUACUACAAUUCGAACCAAGCUUUAAGGAGGAAGUAGAACAGGCUAUAAAAGAGGAAGAACAGAAUGGGCAAAAAAAGAAAGAAAAUGAAGAAGUAUCAUCUUUGCUUGACAUUUUUAAAAAGGAAAUUCAAGAGUACUCACUGGAUGGACCAUCACCUCAUGAUGUACCACUACCACCCUAUAGGGGGACGGACAUUCGAGCUGAAAUAGAACAUUUGAAGGAUGUCAAUCAACGUCUGGCACUAAACGAGACGUCAUUACCUAGUAUAUGCUGCUACACUUUUCAUAACACACAUGACAGUUUGAAUUGUGUUACCAUGACGAAAGAUGCAACACUCAUCGCAGGAGGUUUUUCACAGUCAUUUAUCAAAAUAUGGAGUCUAAAGGGAGAAAAACUGAGGUCACUUCGGAAUACAAUCAACCCGGCGCAUGUGAAUGAUUACAACGAUUUGAACAGACAAAGAGAAAGACAUGGUUCAGAUUAUAAACGACUCGUCGGCCACUCUGGGCCUAUUUAUGGACUAAGCUUUAGUCCAGACAACAAGUACUUGUUGUCUUGUUCAGAAGACAAGACGGUUAGAUUAUGGAGUACACAGACCUAUUCAAACUUGGUUGUCUUCAAGGGACAUAAUAGCCCUAUUUGGGAUGUUGAGUUUGGACCUUUUGGAUUUUAUUUUGCAACUGCCUCACACGAUAGAACGGCUAGAUUAUGGAGUUUAGACCAUAUCAGUCCAUUAAGAAUAUUUACGGGCCAUCUAUCGGAUGUUGACACAAUCAAAUUUCAUCCUAAUUCAAAGUAUUUGGCUACUGGGUCAAGUGAUCGAACCUGUCGCCUAUGGGAUAUUCAUAGUGGUAAUUGUGUGAGAGUAUUCACAGGACAUACAGGUGCCGUCAAGGCAGUUGCGAUCUCGCCUAAUGGAAAAUUAAUGGCAUCGGCAGGAGAAGAUAAAUCUAUUCUCUUGUGGGACUUGAAGAGUGGAAAGAAGAUUAAAAAAAUGACAGGCCACACUGGGUUCAUCUACUCUAUUCAGUUUAGUGCAGAUAGUAAUAUUCUUGUAUCCGGUGGCUCAGAUUGUACGGUCAGAGUAUGGGACGUAAACACGAGCCAUGACGACAGCAUGAUGGAUUCGACACUUAAGAAGAGAAGAUUACAAGAAGAUGAAGGUUAUAGUAAACGUGUAUAUGAAAGUCGUGAUCAGCUUGGAGUAUUCCCAACUAAACAAACCCCCAUCUAUAACACCCAAUUCACUGACCGAAACCUAUGCCUUGUUUCUGGUGCAUUCAAAGUAUAAUAGCAAUAUAAUAAAGAUUUUAUUUGUCACUGGGAAAUAUGUCUUUACUUAGGUCAUUCCUAUUGGAAUUAAAGUAUCUAUCUUCUUCUUGUCGAUUGAAUAAACCAAAGAAAUCAAAUCUAUUCUUUUUCUUUAUAACUGAAGCAGUAUUGAGAUAAACCACCGAGUUAUAAUCAGGGGAAUCUUUAUGUAUUCUUGAUGAGUUUGUUGACAUGGAGGAUAUUGAGUAAUUAGAGGGUAUCUUUUUAUUUUUAUGUAACAGUCUUUUGAAGUCACUGCCUUCUUCUUCUAUAACUGUUUCUUCUUUCUUGUUAAAUAGUAAUUCUUGAAACAAGCUUGAGAUAUUAGGGUUUGGAGCCAUUGAUAAUGAUGAAU